AUGAACAAAACUGUUUUUUACCUUCUAUUCUCCCCUUUUCCCUUUCUCUUUUUCUGUUGCCGUCUGGGGAAUUCAAAAUAUUCCUUUCAUUUUUUUUUUCCAGGCUUCCCCCUUCUUCCUUUCUUCAACCCUUUUUCUUUUCUUCUUCUUCUUCUCUUUCCUUUUUCUUCUUCUUCUUUUUCUUUUUUUUUCUUUUUUACCUUUUUUUAUCACUUCGGCUCUUUUCUUUCCCUUCUUUUCUUUUUUUCUUUUCUUCGCUCUUUUCUUCUUCCCUUUUUUUCUUCCCUUUUUUUACCCUUCUUUUCUCUUUUUUCUCCUUACCCCUUUUUCUUUUGCUCUUUUCGUCGUUUUUUUCACCUUUCCCUUUUAUCGUUCGUUUUCUUUUCACCCACCUUUUUUUUUCGUCUUUUCUUUUUUAUUUUCUUUCCAAACUUCUUUCUUUUCCUUUUUUUUCCCUUCUCGACUCUUUUCGUCCCGUCUAACCCUUUUCUUUUCUUUUCUCGUCUUCUUUUUUCUUUUCCCAGCUUCCCCUUUCAAUUUUUUUCCCUCAUUUUUCUUCUUCUUUUUUUCUUUUUUUUUUCUUUUCUUUUCCUCUUCUCUUUGCCUUUUCUCUUUCCCCUUUUUUUUCUUAUUUUCCCCUUUAUGCCCCUUUUUUUUUUUCUCUUUUUCAUCUUCUUUCCUCCUUCCCUUUUUUCCUUAUCCUUUUGGUUUUUUCUUUUUCUUACCUUCUCUUUCCCUUUAUUUUGUCUGUUUCAAUUUCCUGCCCCCUUCUUUUAUAUGCCUUUGGUUUUCUUCUUUUACCCUUUCUUUCACCUUUUCGGGCCUUCUUCUUAUUUUUUCACCUUUUUUGCUCGCUUUUCCCCCUUUCACUCUUUUUUUUUUCCUUUUUACCUUCUUCUUUACUUCUUCCCCUUUUUUUCUUUUUUUUUGCCUUUCGUCGUUUCUUUUACCUUCUUUUCAUUGCUUUUGUCGUCGUUUCUUCUUACCUUCCCCUUUUUAUCAGGGUCAAUUUUUUCCCUCUUUUCCUUCCUUUUUUCCCUUCUUUUUUCCUCUGUUUUUUCCGUCUUUUCUUAUUUUUUUUUUUUUGUCGCUUUUCUUUUUUUUCCCAAGCUUUUUUCGCUUUCUUAUUCUUUUUCCCUUGCUUUUUUUUUUCCUUUCAUUUCCUUCUUGGGGUGCUCCAAACCCUUUUUUAAUCUUUUUUCCUUCUUCCUUUUAAUUUUUCCCCUUUUUCCUUUUACUUUUAAUUUUCCUCUUUUUCCCUUUUUCUUUUUUCCCUUCUUUUCCUUUAUUUUUUUUUCCCUUUUUUUUUCCUUCCCUUUUAUUUUUGUUUCUUUUUUAUUUCCAGCCCCCCUUUUCCCCCUUCCUUUUCCUUCCUUCUUUUCUUUUUUUUAA